CGAAUUUAAAUUAUUACCCGGCAAUGGAUGAUUUUAUAUAAUUUACUGAUUAGGCGAUCCAAUACAUAUUAUGGCCUUAAAAAAUGUUAUAUCAAAUGCACCCGUCAGAUGAUGUUGCAAAUAAUGGUGCUGUAUUUUAUGUAUGUACAUGUAUCAGACAGGUGUGAUCACGAUUUACAAGGGACUGCACCGAAUAUCACGAGGUACAACCAAAAUAACCGUGAACAGUGUGCAACAGAUGAAAAGACAAGGAAUAAUACCUGUACAGGAAAUAGCACCUGCGUUGAUCCUGCAAAUACUGAUGAACAAGUGACAAAUGAUGAGAGUACCAGCGGAACAAAGAUGAAUACCACUGAUGAAGAGUAUGACGAUGUACAAAGUGGUAAAGAUAGGGUGAUGGGACAUAAGCGGACUGAUGAGACAGUUCAAUCCUUAACAAUGGAACAAAGGUGCAGAAAAAUGUUUAAAAAGACGGAUAAGCAGCUACAAGAACCACCAGCACCUAAUUUAAACGCGCAACUGCUACCAAAAGUUGAGAAGAAAGCGUGCUCAAAUGGUAGAAUGCGAAUAAGCAAGUCGGUUAGAUACAUAAUGGAUGGCAAUUUCAAGCGACCUACGGCACCAGCACCGCGAAAUGGAACAAAACAAGGAAUUAUAAAUGAAAUGGAUGGCAAUUUCAAACGACCUACGGCACCAGCACCGCGAAAUGGAACAAAACAAGGAAUUAUAAAUGAAAUGGAUGGCAAUUUCAAACGACCUACGGCACCAGCACCGCGAAAUGGAACAAAACAAGGAAUUAUAAAUGAAAUGGAUGAAAUGUAUAAAAGACCUACGGCACCAGCACCCCGAAAUGGAACAUAA